AGUAUGUUGUCACACCCUUGUCGCCCACUCGCAGUGACACCCAUCACGAUGACGUCAUUUUUAAUGGGAUUGUUUGCGCGUCUGGGAGCGGCUUUUUCGCACCAAGAAUGAUUUUAGUCCUAGUCGAAUUUCUGUGACGGGUGGAAGCGACAUGUUGUUGCGAAUACUUAUAUAUUUUUGUCUAUCCUUUACCGUAGUAUUUGCGAGAGGUGGCUUCGGUGGACGUAGUGGCGGUUCACAUUCCUAUCCCCAUUCCACCGGAUAUUCUGGCGCAAGCCGAGGUGGCGCACAUACUUAUCCGCAUUCCACGGGAUAUUCCGGCGUAAGCCGAGGCGGCACGCAUACUUAUCCGCAUUCCAAUAGCAUCUCGGGACAUUCCGAAAGUCGUAAUGUUCACAACACUUAUACACAGCAGCAUAAUGUCAAUUAUGGACAUCGUACUGAAAUUCAUAAUCAUUAUCACUACAAUCCACCGCAGCAGGUUAUGUAUGGAUCGACUUAUCAUCCCGUAUAUCACGGGACUCCUCCGACUUAUAUCUACGAAUAUAGGAACUCCGGAAGUCGUUUUGAUACAUUGCUAACAGGCCUCGCUUUAUACAACUUGGGAAAAAUGUCCGGUAGACAAGAGCAUUACGGCGGAUAUAGAGAGUACACAACGAGGCCAGGUGAAAUUUGUAAGCUUCGUGUGGAAAAAAGAUCAUGGGACUAUGAAGAAACUCGGAUCGACUGCAAAUUGAUGUCCAGUUUUAUUUGGGAAGCGGAAACUACGUCGCAGAAUCAACAAGCUUCGAAUAAGGUUACUACAGUAGUCGAAACCGUGGCGAGCUCGAGUGGGACUCGAAAUGCUGACGGGACCAUAAGCAAUACAAACAUAACAAAAACGGUAACCGUCACAGAUGCUCUACAGUCAAGAGGCCCGUCAAUACAAGUGAUGCCAGGAAUGCAGUGCUACAUGAUUCGCAUAUCAAGAGACACUUCGGUUUUACAGAAACAUGUCGAUUGUGCUCUCUUACAAACCUACGCAAAUUCUAUGCAUUAUAAUCGUGCUUCGUGUUUAUUGAAUUCGACAGUUAUUUUUGUUAUAAUAUUGCAUUGCUUAAUUAAAUAAUUUAAUGUGAUGAUAACGUGUAAAAAGUUUAAAUGUUUGUUUGAUGUUCAACUUUAAUUUGCCGUUCUGAUAUUUUAAAAAUACAUAACUAUGCUCCGAAUUCAGAAGUUCUUCUUGGAGUGGGUUAGCAGAAACUAUUGUAUGUAAAUGUAACUAAAAUUUUUAAUUGAAUUUUAACAUUUUUUUUAAUCGCGAAAACAUGAUUUAAUUUUUGGUAAAUGAUUAAAUUUUUU